CGCGCGGCUCCCCGGACCGGAAGUGGAGGCGAACUGUCGCGGGACGCGCCCGGCCUUGCUCAACGCCCGGCAGUCCCCGCCGUCGCCGCCGCCCUCGGCAGCUGCCGAGGCGUCCCGCAGCCGUCAUGUCCGCCAGCGCCGUCUACGUGCUGGACCUAAAGGGCAAGGUGCUCAUCUGCCGGAAUUACCGCGGCGAUGUGGACAUGUCAGAGGUGGAGCACUUCAUGCCUAUCCUGAUGGAGAAGGAGGAGGAAGGGAUGCUGUCGCCCAUCCUGGCCCACGGGGGAGUCCGCUUCAUGUGGAUCAAGCACAACAAUCUGUAUCUGGUUGCCACAUCCAAGAAGAACGCGUGUGUGUCGCUGGUGUUCUCCUUCCUUUAUAAGGUGGUACAGGUGUUUUCAGAGUACUUCAAAGAGCUAGAGGAGGAGAGCAUCCGUGACAACUUUGUCAUCAUCUACGAGCUGCUGGACGAGCUCAUGGACUUCGGCUACCCCCAGACCACCGACAGCAAGAUCCUGCAGGAGUACAUCACUCAGGAAGGCCACAAGCUGGAAACGGGGGCCCCAAGGCCUCCAGCCACCGUCACCAACGCAGUGUCCUGGCGGUCUGAGGGCAUCAAGUACCGGAAGAACGAGGUGUUCUUGGACGUCAUAGAGUCCGUCAACCUCUUGGUCAGUGCCAAUGGCAACGUGCUGCGCAGCGAGAUCGUGGGCUCCAUCAAGAUGCGGGUCUUCCUGUCAGGCAUGCCCGAGCUGCGCCUGGGCCUCAAUGACAAGGUCCUCUUCGACAACACAGGCCGUGGCAAAAGCAAGUCCGUGGAGCUGGAGGACGUGAAGUUCCACCAGUGUGUGCGACUCUCGCGCUUUGAGAAUGACCGCACCAUCUCCUUCAUCCCUCCAGAUGGCGAGUUUGAGCUCAUGUCCUACCGCCUCAACACCCACGUCAAACCCUUGAUAUGGAUCGAGUCCGUGAUUGAAAAGCAUUCCCACAGCCGCAUAGAGUACAUGAUCAAGGCCAAGAGCCAGUUCAAGCGGCGGUCGACGGCCAACAACGUGGAGAUCCACAUCCCCGUGCCCAACGAUGCCGACUCCCCCAAGUUCAAGACGACGGUGGGGAGUGUCAAGUGGGUCCCCGAGAACAGUGAGAUCGUGUGGUCCAUCAAGUCCUUCCCGGGGGGCAAGGAGUACCUGAUGCGGGCCCACUUCGGCCUGCCCAGCGUGGAAGCGGAGGACAAGGAGGGCAAGCCCCCGAUCAGCGUCAAGUUUGAGAUCCCCUACUUCACUACCUCUGGCAUCCAGGUGCGCUACCUGAAGAUCAUCGAGAAGAGCGGCUACCAGGCUCUGCCGUGGGUCCGCUACAUCACUCAGAACGGAGAUUACCAGCUCCGGACCCAGUGAGGGGCCAUGCGGCCAGCACCCCCGGCCCCGGCGCUGGGGCUCCUGGCAGAAGCACCAGGAGGAAGCACCUGCCAAGCCUGCUGGAUGGAGGAGGGGCACCCCUGGCCACCGGCCACCCUCCCGGCUCUUCCCGGGGACCCUUCCUUUUCCAGGCACACCUGCUCUGCCGUUGCCACUCUCGUCUCUGGGCCCCUUCUCCCGGAAGAAGCUCAUCUUCGAGAAGUCUUGUCUCUCUGCCCCCUGAGUCAGUUUGAGGGGAAGGAAACGAAAUCUUUCCCUCUAGAGAUCAAAUACAGCCUCUUCUGUGCUGGUUAGCUCCCAAGCACCACAAAGAGGGGGAAGUGCCCACCCGGCCGCUGGCUGCACAUGGCUUCUGGCCAGGCUGGCCGGGCCGCCGUUUGGUUGCCGUUCUGUUGAAUGUUGUAGGUUCAUGAGUGUUCCUAGUUUCUGUCUCGUUCAUUCCUUGUUGUUCACGUGAACCUCACUGUCUGCGCCUCCCGCCCCUCGUCCUGAAGGUCUCGGGCAGCACUUAGUGAGGGCAGAGUGCCCUCCUCCUCAGCAAGGCCCACACGACACUGGGUUCCCUUCCGUGUCUGGCCCGACCCUGGCCCGCGCCUCUGUGGCAGAGGCUCGUCGCCUCUCGCCCGAGGCUUUGGCGGAGGUGCCUUCCCAGGGUCCGCUGUGCCGUGUGAGGCCGUCACUCAGCCGCAUCAGUGUUUGUCCCCCCAGGGAAGUGGUGUCCAGCGAGGACCGCUGCCUCGGAGGGUCGGGGGGACAGGUCAUCCACAUCUGUGCUUGGUCACCCACCGCCACCCUGCCUGUGUUCAUGUCAUGAUUACAUUAAAGUCCAUUUCGGAAACACA